UAACAGUAGUAUAGCUUUACAUCCCAUCCCAGCGCCAGUCGCAGUCGAGCUCCGUUCUCUAAUGCAGUUCGCGAGUUCUGUAUUGAAAUUGAGUUGUCCAUCCUUCCGCACAAGGAAGCUGACUAUUCACCCUUGUGUGCAACAAGUGCAGCGGCAUGGCGCUGUUCCCUCUCGUCCCCGCCGCAAGUCGCGGUCGAUCCUACAUCUCCCCUCCGAUUACCCUCCAAGUACCCUCCAAGUAGCACCCGAUGUGGCACGUUUGGAGGCAAGGCUUCCAGCCUCCGACGCGUCGGCGGUGCUUUGCCACACCGAACAAGCCUAUCCCCGGAUCUAUCAGCAAACGGAAGCUGGACAUUGGCAUCAUAUAUGGCGGGAGGAACGAGAUGUCUAACGGUGGUGCUCCCUGCGACUGGUGCGACGUCCUCGUCCCAGGCGAGCUGAAGAGCAAUCCGCGAGAGGAUAACCACAGCAGCACCUGGUUCGAUCUCUCUCGAUAUGCUCGGGAGAUCUUUGCAGCGCAAGACACCCGACGAUCUGUUACUGGCUUCACACUCUGCGGUUCUGUCAUGCGACUCUGGACAUUCGACCGACUGGGAGCGGUCGCGUCGCACUCAUUCGACAUACUUGGGAUAUCUGUGGAUGGCCCAAAAGGACCUCGGGUUCGACCCUACCAUCUGCGGGGAAAAUGGCAGCAGGUACAUCGAAAUCACGCGGAAUGCACGACCGGAACGAUAUCAUCUAGAUGAUGUCAUAAAGCGACGGUGUUGUGCAGAGUCGGAAAGUGCUUUUAAGCGAUGGAAGGUGCUGGCGGAGUGUUGAUUAACAGGCUCGGCGCGCCCUAUGGUGGGUGCUAA